AUGCAGCUGCCGAAAGCGCUUAUCUCCCUGGCCAUCGCCGGGUCCGUCACGGCAUUUGGCCCGGAGGAUGCGAUCGCUGCUCAGCAUCCUCUAGGACCUGGGCUGCACAAAGCCCCAAAAAGACCCAAUAUUGUGUUCAUCUUGACUGAUGACCAGGACCUGCAUAUGAACUCAUUGGACUAUCUCCCACACAUCAAAAGGCACAUCAGCGACCGAGGAACUCACUUCAAGAAACAUUUUUGUAGCACUGCACUAUGCUGCCCCUCUCGUGUGACUCUGUGGACCGGGAAGCUGGCGCACAACACUAAUGUAACAGAUGUCAAUCCUCCGUAUGGCGGCUACCCAAAGUUCCUUAGCCAGGGUCUCAAUGAGAACUAUCUCCCUGUUUGGCUCCAAAAGGCCGGUUAUAACACAUACUACACUGGCAAGCUUUUCAACGCUCAUAAAGUUGAUAAUUACGAUAAGCCUCACGCCAAAGGAUGGACAGAAUCAGAUUUCCUACUGGAUCCUUAUACAUAUGUAUAUCUGAAUGCCUCAUAUCAGCGGAACCACGAUCCACCUGUGAGCUAUGAGGGACAGCACACGAUUGAUGUUCUCGCAGAGAAAGCUUAUGGCUUGUUGGAUGCUGCAGCAGAAAAGGAUGAGCCGUUCUUUCUCGGUAUCGCUCCAGUGGCUCCCCAUAGCAAUGUUGAGCUUGACAUUCCCUUGGACGAUCCGAGAGAUAUUGCACAGGCAAAGUUUACACCGCCGAUUCCUGCUAAACGGCACGAGCAUCUCUUCAAGGACGUCAAAGUCCCCCGCACGCCGCACUUCAACCCCGAAAAGCCAUCUGGUUCCAACUGGGUAAGAGAUCGUCCACGGCUCAGUGAAGAGAACGUGGAGUUCAAUGAUCACUUUUACCGUCAACGCCUUCGCGCCCUGCAGUCGGUCGAUGAGCUUGUGGACGGUGUCUUUGAGAGGCUGGAACGCUAUGGGCUUUUGGACAACACCUAUAUCUUUUACACCACCGAUAACGGAUAUCAUAUCAGCCAGCAUCGCCUACAGCCAGGAAAGGAAUGUGGAUUCGAGGAAGAUAUCAACAUCCCCCUCAUUGUUCGUGGCCCCGGGGUUCCUGAGAAUGAGACCACUGAGAUUGUGACGGCACACGUCGACCUUGCACCGACUAUUCUAGAACUUGCAGGAGCACCUCUUCGUGCUGACUUUGACGGUGACGCUGUUCCUCUGACUAAGCUCGGCAUAGAAAGAGCAGUCAAGGAGCGUCAUGAGCAUGUUACCGUUGAAUAUUGGGGUUUUGCUGCCUUUGAGGGCGGUGAUUUCGACGAUCAACGCAUCAUUAUCAACAAUACCUACAAGGCAGUGCGAAUCAUUAGCGGUUCAUACAACCUUUACUAUUCGGUUUGGUGUAACAACGAGCACGAGCUGUACGAUCUCAACACCGACCCUUACCAACUCAAGAACCUCCUCCACAAGGAUGAAGAUACACCAUUAACAUUACUUGGUGUCCCAAUCGAGAAGGUCAUCAACCGACUCGACUCCCUUCUAUUUGUUCUGAAAUCAUGCAAAUCACAAACGAGAGAGUCCGUUAUGACCAUUGUGAGCUUGGUUACUUAG